AUGACAACAACAACUUUUAAGAGUAUCCUAAACUCAAUAGUUUUACAAAAUAAGAUAUUUCAAAGCGUUAGAGAUAUUCAUGAUCAACUAUUAGAUAAUAAUAAUUCGUUAAGAUAUGAUUGGUAUGAUCUUGGAUGUUUCCCUGAGCAAUUGAUCAAGUUUAAUUAUAUCGAAAGAUAUAAACUGAUAUUCAAUACGUUAAUUAGAGAUAAAAUCAAUCAUAGAAAUAGUAAUAAGAAUUGUAAAAAUAAUGAAACAAUCAAAAAAUUUAAACAAUUAUAUAUAGAAUCAUACAGAAUAGCUUUGACCUCAACAAAUUUAGAAGUAGUAGAGUUCAUUCAUAAGGUGCUACCACAUGAUAUUGAUAACAGAGCAUUAUUUAGUCAUACAAAUCGUAUUUCUCUUACUUUGAUUGAAUACUUUCAUAAUAAUUGGGAUAGAUGGUUCAUUUUACAUGGAUCUAGAUUUAUGGAUGCAGUGGCGCGUUGCAAUCUCGAUAUAGUUAAGUUUCUCCAUUAUAAUAGAAGUGAAGGUUGUUCUAUCGAUGCUAUGAAUAAUGCGAUAGGAUAUGGUCAAACGGAAACAGUAAAGUUUUUGUAUGAGAAUCGGACUGAAGGAUAUUCUGAUGAAUCAGUUGAAUUCGCUGCAAUCGAAGGGCAUCUUGAGAUUCUAAAGUAUCUACAACAGAAUCGAACCGAUCAAUUCUCUUUCUUUGAUAGUAUAUUGGAGGAUGUAGUAGAACAAGGUCAUUUCCAAAUGGUGAAAUGGCUCGUGGAGAAUACAGAUCAAUCGAUAUCGGAAUUCGAAAUCAGUCUUGCAGCCAAGAAUGGUGAUUGCGAAAUGGUUCGAUAUCUCUAUGAGAACUCGAGUGCAUCGACUACCAACUAUGCUUUGGAUAACGCUGCAGCUUCAGGUUCUUUGGAGACCGUUAGAUACCUUCAUGAAAUUGGCAGUGAAGGAUGUAGUAGUCGUGCCAUGGACAGAGCAGCACGUAAUCAUCUUGAUAUUGUACAAUUCCUUCACUACAAUAGAACUGAAGGAUGCACUGACAUUGCAAUGUUCAAUGCUGCUCAUCAUGGUCGACUGGAUAUCGUGAAGUUUCUCAAUGAAAAUAGAACGGAAGGAUGUCCAUCCUCUGUGUUGGAACUAGUUGCAACCGAAGGACAUUUAGAAGUAUUUCAAUAUCUGGUCGAGAAUCGAAAGGAACUAUUGCUUCCGGAAAUAGUUGCUGAAUAUCAAACCAUGGAUCAAUUUGCAAGCUAUAAAGAUACGUCCGCACUCCAAUGGUGUAAAGAUAACACUGAACUUUCAUCGACACUCACUUCGGAAUCCUAUAAUAUUGCCAUAUUAGCCGGUAGACUUUCCAAUUUGAAAUGGAUUCAUCAAAAUACAACACUACCGUUUCCAUACGAUGCACUCGAUAUUGCUUGUACAUGUAAUGAAAGCAAUCUUGAAAUUGUUCAAUAUCUCAAUGAUAACGGUGCAUCGUGUUCUACCUAUGCAAUGGAUAGGUCAACGAAUCUAUCAAUCAUAUCCUUCUUACAUUUCAAUCGAACUGAAGGUUGUUCUUACAUUGCAAUGGAGAAUGCCAUCUCCAAUGGUAAUCUUCAAAGAAUGAAAUUCUUUGAUCAAAAUAGAACUGAACAUCGAAAUAUUAACUAUCAACAUUUAAAUGAUAGAGAUUCAUUUGAGUAUCUAUCAAGAUUAAAACUUAUUAAGCAAUAUAAUCUUUAA